UUUCAGAGGAAUAAUUUAAAACAAUUGAAUAAUAUACUUCAAUAACGCGGCCUCGACGACUACCUCGGCUGAACCGGGUGAACCAGCCAGGGGAGGAAGGUGAACAAUCCAAGACAUCGUGUCCUCGUCCCUCUUCACCCUCCUCCCUCACCUUUGUUUGCCACCUCGCAACGAGUUCUGGUUACAAUAGACGUCUCACAAAAAUCAAUCACAAAAUGACGUCUAAGGUGCUAGUGAAGUUGCCAACAGUGCCAUUUUCUCAGGGGAAAAAAUCAACGCCGGAGCUAAUGAGUCUGCCGGCAAGAAAUGACGGUGUUGCAACGCCCUUAAGAUCCCAGCAAACGCCUGGAAAUGGUGACAGAACUGCUCAACUCGAGCAAAACAUGAAGUUUCUUCAAGAACAGCAUCAAGCUACCCUUGUAGCUUUGCACCAGGAAGUAGAAACUCUACGCCAACGAAACCGAGAUUUGCAGUUUCAGUUGGUAUUUACAAAAGGUACUGCGUGUACAAACAGCCCAUCGUCACCAGAAGACAAUUCUAGUGGGUUCGUGAAACCAAAGAUUGAACUUCUUGAACGUGAUCUCGAGGAGCUCAAAGUGUCAUUCAAUGACGUGAAGAAGCAAAAUGUUCAUCUUCUUGAGAUCAUAGAGCAACAGAAAUUGAAAUUAGAACAAACGGCUAAAGAAAAAGAAAAGCUCAAAGUCACUGAUGCGGCUAUACAAGUAGAAGAAACAAAUUCAGUAAACAGUGAGCUGGUGGCACGUCUUGAGGAUGCUGAGUUGCUGGUGAAGAAACUUCAGCGUGAAAAUUCAGAGCAGCAGCGUGAAAUAUCAACAAUAAAAGCAUCUUCUGCGAAAAACACUGGCGGGAAUCGCAGUGGACAUGGACGAGGACGAGGAAAUAAUGACAAUGGUCAUCACAGUCGCGGAUCAUCUGGCGACCCUGGACAGUCCAGUAGAAAUUCUUACAAUUUUCCUCCCCUGGAAAGUGAGAGUUAUUGGCGAAACGUUACUCGAGGACGUCCUAGCUAUGACCGUCAAUCGGGACACCAUCGUCGCAAUCGUAUGGAUAAAAAAGACAGUGAACAACCCGACAUGUCACGCCACAUUGUUCUCCCGGAGUUACUCAAUAGCAAUGUAAAGCCAGAGAUACCUUGCUAUCCGCAAUUCUAUCCUCGAUCAUCGCGAGGCUAUCACAACGGCGGUGGUGGAAGUGCUGGCGGUAAUUACUAUCGAGAUAGUGGUAAUCGCAAGUUUCGGGGCCAAGGACGUCAAAGAGAUCGCCGAGACCAACAAGACUCGCGAGGCGAUCAUCGUGAUUACCGCGACAGAAAUUCUAGAGAUCAAUCAAGAGAUUUCAAUGACGGCGCACAUAUGUCUAAGAAACAGUAAAGAGAUAAAAGAGUAAAGCGUUUUACAUAACAAGGAAUGACAAUUAUCUAUUAUUUAUGGUAUAGCAUUGAUAAUGAUAAUUGAAUAUGAUUACUAUUGACAUGAAAAUUAUAUAAAACCAUUUAUGCAUGUUGGUACAUGUGGCUUCAAACAGCAGACUUUGUGUUUUAGUUACCUCGCAUGAGAAUCCUCGUCUUAAAUAUUUAUAUACUUGGUGUAAAAGAACCGAUUGACGUAUUAAUAUUCACCUUUUAAUGGAAAAUUCACUAGUGGCAUAUUAACAAUAUUAAAACAAAUAUAAUUAAUAUUAUUAUUAUUAUUAUUAUUAUAAAUUAUUAUUGUACUAUUAUUAUCAUUAUUAAUGAAAGAAUGGUCAGAUUUUAUCUCGUAGCUUGGUAACUAUUGGUAAUGAGCUAUUAUAUGGCAUUAAUAAAUAGACGAGUACAUAGUGCAUUUGAUAUUUGGUAUAACAAGAUAUGAAAACAAGAAUUUAAAACAUAAUACAAAUUAAUGUAAAGGUCUAAUAUUAUACAAAUAUUUAAUUAAAUAUUAUACUAAAUGGAUUUACAAUGAGUGAAAAAAUAUUUUUAGCAGUGGAAUAUUUUAUUAAAGAUUUACGAAAAAUAUUGAAAAUUUAUUUUUAACUUUUAAAAUGAUGAAACGUAUUUUUUCAUUUUGUUAAAUAAUCUCAAAUAUUUGAUAAAAGUAACUUUCUCUUCAAUUUAAGUAAAUAUGAUUUAAUAUAAAAGAAAUAAUUAAAAUUGUUCUAGUUUCUAAAAAUAAUUUUUCUGCUCAGUGUCCAUUGGUAUAAUCCAAAUUUUAUUCGUAAUAGAAUGUCCGUAAUAAGUAAAACGUAAUUAAUUAAUUAAUUAAUCGAAUCAAUUAAAACUAACAUACAAAUUAAAAGAACCAGAAAAUAUGUACUCUUUGACAGUAAAUAUAUAACAAGUAGAAAUUGAGACUGAAACUACUCAAAUUUUGGAGGAUAAAAAUAAAAACUAAUAAAAAGUUUAGGGUAUCCAAAGAUACACACCUCACAUGCUCACUUUUAUUGUUAAUUUGAUACUUUAAUCAAAUAUAUAAUUAAAGAUAAUAUUGAUCUAUACUUUUUAAAUAUUGAAAAACAUUAAUCUUUCUAUAUUAUCAAUAGUUAUUAUUGAAUGUUUUGUUGUUCAAUAAAUUUACAAAUACACUCAUACUAAAAUUUCAAAUUUUAAUUUAAAUUUUUUGGUAUCAAAAUUUAGAUCAUAAAAAUGAUUUUAAAUAAUGAUAAACCCAGCAUAUAAAGAGUAAAGUGAGGCGUGCAAAAAAUCUACAUUUUAUUAGUAAUAUUAAAAGUAAAUAUUUAUAUUGAUGGUGUAUCAAGCACGAUGCUUAAUAUUGUGAAUUCAACUGCAGUUAAUUGUUCGAUGUUUAAUUGUCUCAUAUAUUAAUUAAAAAUAAUUUAUUAACUUAUUUAUGUAUCUGUACUAGUAUAUCUUUUUAAUUUAAAUGCUGAUUUUAUGUGAUUGUCUCAGCUUCCAAGCAGAGAAAUUUACUGAUGCUUAUUGUGAUAAAUUAUUUUAACAUUUAAGAUUAAUUUAACAUUUAUUUUUUUUCUAACUGUUCUAUUGUUAGUUAUAUUAUUAUAAUUAUAUAUAAUACUUUUAUAACGAUGUUUUAAUUUUUUAAUCUUCUCGAGUCAGAGGAUAGUUUAUAUAUUCUAUUUAAUAUUCUAACAUAAAUAAACCGAAUACGUAAAGUGGUGAGAAAUUUUAAAAAACUUUCUUAGCUUUAGCGUCAUUUAACAAAUUACAAUCAUACUAAAAUAAUAAUAACCACAGAAGUCUGCAUGGAUGAUAUUCCCAACGAUAAAGUCAUCGAUAUAUUAGUAUACAAUAAAUGCGCCUCAUGUUAAUUAUAAAAUUAUAUAUAUAGAUAUUGUACGAAUAUAAAUAUAUAUAAUAUUAUAACAUAAAUAAAAUUUUUAUAAUCAUAAAGUACAAUACUUGUACGCUUUAAUGGGUGAUAUAAAUAUUAUUAAAUAUACUGGAUACUGCACUGAAUUCAUUGUACUAAAAAUAAAUAAUAAAAAUCUAUGGAAAAAAUUA